AUGAAGAUCACUUCGCUUCCUCUCUUCACCAUUACUACCAUGGCAUUGUUGGCCAUGGCGCAAGGUGAUGCUGUCUGCCAUACCGUCAAUGCUGUGGCUGUCCCAACCCCUAUCAUUGAAACAAUUUCGGUCCUAACUGGAACCACCAACGUCAUAUGUGAUUUGAGCUGUGACGGCUCUGUAAAUGUCAAUUCUCGACUCGUUGUUGCUGGGAUGAUUGACUCUGGUACAAGUACUUGUGGAGGCUCGAUUUCCAGCAACAUAUUCGAAGACCUAACCUUAUCUUAUUCUGCAAACGGCAACAUGAACGUGGUCAUCACAUGUACUUGCAUUGGUGCUGGUAAUCCUGCUCCCACUCCUCCCGCUUCCUCUUGUUUUUCCGAGCAAGCCACUGUGGAACAACCCGGCCAAGCACCCACCAAGAUGACGGACCUCAAGAUUGGAGACAUGGUUUUGACCGCCAACAAAAAAUUCGAACCAGUCUAUGCAUUCGCCCACAAUGAUGCCACAACUGACACAGAAUUCUUACAAAUCCACACCACAAGUGGCAAGAACAAGAAACCAAUUGGAAGUCACUGGUCAGCAUUUGGUCUAUGUGCAGGGCAAGGAUGCUCCGGUCACAGCCAAAUCCAUCAAGGUUGGGAUAGCUCCCAGUCAAGCUGGACAUGGACAAGGAGGAGCUGCCCUUGUCACCAAGAUCAAGACUGUCCAGCGCCAAGGAAUCUAUGCUCCUCUGACUCAGGAUGGCACCCUUGUGUGGAUGGCAUUGCUCCUCGUGCUAUUUCCCUCCACCCAAUGGUGAUCCCCAAACCAUGGAACUACAAGGCCACUCUGCGUCCAUUAUCUCUCACCACCAUGUUGCUCACAUGCUCAUGA